AUGAAUGAUGAAUCACCUCUUAGAUCAAAAAGCAUUGAAAUCAACCUCACCAAGAUGCUUGAUAGAAUGAAAAACAAUUCAUAUCAUAUGCAGAAAGUAAGCGUUGGUGAUUUAAUCAAUAAAAGUCAAACUUAAAUAAUUGCAAAACAAAUAAGGCAAUCAUAGACUCCUACGCCUGAGGAAAAGGAGAAUAAGGAACUUACCUUCAAGCCACAAAUUAAUAAAUAUCCCAAUUAUUUGAAGCAAACAUCAUUUCUAGAGAGGAAUGAAUAAUGGCAAAAAAAUAAACUGUAAAAACAAUAGGAGACUAGCAAAGCCUAUUUAGAGGAAAAAGAAAAGAUUAUAACCAAAGAAUGCUCAUUUAAACCGAAAAUCACUCCUCAUUUAUCUGCAAGGAUUCCCAGACAAUAAAAAUAGCAGCCACAACAAAACACAAUUGCUAUCAAAUAAUAAAACCCUUUAUCAGCUGUCUCAAUGCAAGCUGUAUAAUAUGAACUAAGAAAGUAGUUGCAUGGACUAUAAUUAUGA